GAAAUCUCACCAUGCUGGGCAGCGCCGCCAACCUCAUCGUCGCGCACGCCGCGGAGAACGAGGGAGAAAGAGGUUUGACGGCCACCACCUACAGCAAGUUCUCCUUCUUGCCGACGAUUGUGAUCACCCUCCUCGGUGUGCUGGUCAUGCCGCCCAUCGGACCAAACUGGAGCUGCCUGCUGGGGAUCGCCGUGCUCCUUGCAGGGGGCCUGCUCAUCCUGGCGGCCUUCUGCUACAAUGCCUGUUGCCGUGGUGCUAGCGUCGGGGAGGAGACGGGCGUGACGUGGACGUGGAGGAAUCGGGAGGCCAUGGGCCUCUUCUUGGUCUCCAUCUUCGUGGCUGGCCAACCCUUGGGUCCUUAUGAAGGCGCCUGGCUCACCGCAAACCCCUUCCGCCGCUACUCGCCUGCAGAGCUCGGCGAGCUCAACGCAGUGCAGCAGGUCCUCGUUGCGGUUUUUCAGCCCCUGCUGGGCGGUUUCGUGGACGGCACGACGUGGAAGAGGAGUCUCGUAGUCUUUGGGAGCUUCUGCGCCGCUGCGAGUGCUGCCAUCGGCGUUUUCAUGCCGCAGUCGUUCUGGUUGGAGCUUGCCGCAGAGUUUCCCCAAGCGAUAGCGAUGACGUUGGUUCCUCUGGCCAUCAACUCCCUGACACUGGGUGUCACGGAGUCGGGCUUCACUCAGCAGGUGGCCUUGAACAAUGUGGGAACCCACGUGGGAACUGUGAUCUGCUCUGCGUCCAUGGCGGGUCUCUCCCUUCUCGGUUCCCGGAGCUCGAGCAGCUCCUCAGGAAGCUCCUCCGAGGCCACCGAGACCGCUCCCUUCUGGGUCGCUGUGCCCUUGGCCACCUGUGUCUUGGCCGUGGUCGCGCUUCCGAUGAUCCGCUACAGCAAGAUCGACCAUCGCCGUGCAGCGGGCCUCGAGGACUCGGCGUCGCCUUCGGAUUUCCGCGCGAUGCCCGACACUAAGCUUGGAUACGAGGUGCUUUUCACGCGCAAGGCUUUCCUGCUCUCGCUGCUGUUGUCUUUCCUCUUCAACUUCGCGAAUAUGGCCCAGCUUCAGCUUCUUGUGCAAGAGGCGUCCGCACUAUUGCCUGGUCAGGCCAUCAGCUACACGUCAGCUGCGCAGAUCGUGGCCCACCUCGGCAUGCUGGUCUCGAGCGUAGUCGUCGGUCGGAUGGCAGAUGGGGGUCGGAAGCGUUUGGUCCUUGCCGCCUGCCUAACGGUCACCAUUCGAGCCCUGCUCACUGCUGCCACGGACCUCUGGUGGAUCCAACGUGGCGGCACUCCCUGGUUGGGCUUACUGCCGUGCGAGGGCCUCGAUGGCGUCUGUGCAGGUCUUUGGGGCGCUUUGGUGGUCCUCCUCGCGCGGGAUGUCUCUGCCGGCACCGGAUGCUUUAGCCUCGCCCUGGGCUGUAUGCAGGCAGCUUUCAGCGCCGGUGCCAUUGCCAGCUCCACGUUUGCAGGCUUCUUGGCCAACAGCGUUAGCUUUGGAGCAGCAUUCGUGAUGCUCGCCGGCGCUGGCUGCGCCGCCACGGCGGUGGCUGCCAUCCUUCCGGAGACCCUGGAGGAGGAAAAGCCGACACAGAACAACUGCGACGUGCGGGGUUCCUGCUGCACCUUCGCAUCGAGGUUCUGGCCCCGUUCAGCCUCCAACUGA